AUGGAUUUUACUACUUUCCACAAUAUCAUCGCCGGUAACCCUCGUGGUUCUGAUAUUACCACGUCGGGCACAAACCCCAUCAAUCAAGCUCCUCUGUGGCCUGCUCCUGUAGCUACCGCAAAAGACGCUGAAGAUGCCGUGCGCGCUGCCAAAGGAGCAUUUUCUACGUGGUCUCAGACCUCUUACAAACAGCGAACAGAUCUGUUGGAGCGCUUUGCCGACCUUUAUCUCUCGUAUGCGAGUGGCUUUUGCCAAUUACUUGCUACAGAGUGCGGUAGAUCUGUCGAAAACGCAGCAAUCGAAGUUUAUUUUGCUGCACAAUGGCUACGAUAUCCAUCGAAAUACAAACUUCCUGAAGAGAAUAUUGAAGACAAUGAGAAAACUGCCAUCGUUACCCACGAGCCUCUUGGGGUGGUCGCAGCGAUCUGUCCUUGGAACUUUCCAUUGAUGCUUGCAAUCGGAAAAAUUGCACCAGCUCUAGCUACAGGAAACUGCGUUGUUCUCAAACCCUCGCCAUUCACUCCGUACACGUCUCUCAAAUUGGUAGAGCUUGCUCAGCAAGUGUUUCCUCCAUCAGUUCUACAAGUUCUCCACGGCGACAAUGAUCUGGGUCCCCUCCUUGUCAAGCACCCUGAUAUUUGCAAGAUCUCGUUCACUGGGUCUACGGCUGCAGGAAAGCAGAUUAUCAAAGAUGGCGCCGAUACCAUGAAGCGUAUCACUCUUGAAACUGCCGGCAAUAAUGCUUCCGUCGUCCUUCCCGAUGUUGAUCUCAAGGCCAUUAUCCCUCAUAUCGCAGGAGGUCUAUGGUUCAACGCCGGACAAGUCUGCGCCGCCACACGCCGCUUGUACAUUCACCAAGACAUCUUCGACGAGGCGGUGGGUCAGCUCGAAGAGGCCACAGUAGAGGCAGCCAAGGACCUUGUGACAGGCAUCGGUCCAAUUCAGAACCAGGCGCAGUAUGAGAAGCUUAAACAGGCACUGGCAGACGCAAGACAAGCUGGCUGUACACUGCUAUCAUCGGGUCGGACGGAACCGGAGGAAGGAUUCUUUAUCCAGCCGACCAUCGUGAAAAGUCCACCACCAGAGGCUGACAUCGUUCAACAAGAAAACUUUGGUACGUCAGACACGCCAUCGAUGGGCCCAUCAGGAACCAUGUUUGAUGGCUAUCAAUCCGUCUCACCCAAGACCAAUUACGAAAUGGCUAACACCGUCUCACCAGGCCCCAUCGUUUCAUGCAUCAAGUUCUCUUCCGUCGAUGAGGCAGUAUUCAUGGCCAAUAGCAGCAACAGUGGCCUAGCUGCUAGUGUGUGGAGCAAGGACAUAUCUGCCGCGAAACAGGUAGCGUCUUCUCUCGAGGCUGGCAAUGUCUUCAUUAACGGACCGCCCCGCCCUGAUCCUCAUGUGCCGUUUGGGGGUCAUAAGCAGAGUGGACUGGGCGUUGAGUAUGGAUUGCAGGGUUUGCUAUCCUUCUGUCAGACGAAGUCUAUGUAUCUGUACAAGUAG